AUGGUUAAAUUCACUUUCUUCGCGUUCGCUGCCUUCCUCGUCGGUUCGGCCGUCUCCUCCCCUACGAAGCGUACGGUGGCACAAGUGGAAUCAGACAUCGCUAGCAUCUCCACUCAGGUCACUACAUUGGAUAACGAUAUCACUGCUUUCCCCAACACUGGCGGGAGUUUGCUCAACGCGCUAGCCAUCCAUACGGCUUCAACCAAUUUGAUCUCAACCAUCGGCACCACCACUAGUGACGUCCAGAGCACCGGUGCUUUCUCAGAGGCGGAUGGUCAAACUAUCCUCAACUCCUUCCUUGCGAUUGAGCCAGUCAUUGAUCAUGCCUUAACUCAGAUCGCGGCGAAGAAGGCGGCAUUCCAAGCUCUUCCAAUUGGUGGAAUCCCCGCACUUGUCAAACAGGACCUUGGCCAACUGAACUCGGCAACUACAGCCUUGGCCAACGGACUCAUUGCAUCUGCCCCUGCGGAUCUCGUGGCUCCAUCAACCAGCCUUCGUGAUCGUCUCGUCGCUGCAUUUGCUCCUGCAAUUGCGGCAUACGCUGAUGCUUAA